AUGCAUGUAUUUGUUAAAUAUAAACUGUCUAUCCACAGUAUCUAUCUAUCUAUCUAUCUAUCUAUCUAUCUAAUGCCAGUGUUUGUCUAUCUAUAUAGAAAUCUAUCUACUUGGAAAUGCAUCUAUCUAUCUAUCUAUCUAUCUAUCUAUCUAUCUAUCUAUCUUCACGUCUCUUCUACACUGACCAAUCGUAGUCGUGUUUUUUGUAUUACUACAAUAGUUCGUCACGUCUUUUAUUCUCCCAGUAACGUCUCUUCUAGACUGACCAAUCGUAGUCGUCCUCUUUCUACUACUACUACAGUAGUUCGUCACGUCUUUUAUUCUCCCAGUCACGUCUCUUCUAGACUGACCAAUCGUAGUCGUCCUUUUUCUUUUACUACAAUAGUUCGUCACGUCUGUUAUUCUCCCAGUCACCUUCUACGUUCCUUCUUUCGGUUUCUAUAUUUCCCUUCCACUCACAAUAAUUCCCUCUCUAUAUUCCAAUACUAUUCGCUAUCUUUCCCCUUCGAGCUUUCUCGCUAUCUAAUGCGAUCCGUUUCAUAG